AUGGGGAAACGCGCCUCAACCACGGUCGCACCUGCGGAAAACGACGACGACGAUGGCAACGGAAUGCAAGUGAGAAACGACCGAAAUGAUGCAAGAGACAAGGGAAAGGGUAAGAUGAAGAUGGGGAUGGAAGACGAGAUGCACGUGUCGGCAUCUGGUGUCAUGCGUAGGCUAUCAACGCCGCGGGCCUUGAUACCUGCAAAGAUGAAGAAGAAUGGUAGCACUAAUACUGCUGCUAUUGCUGCUGCUGUCGAGGGUAGUGGGGGCAAGCAUAAGAAGGUCGAUGCUAGCGCCUACAACAACAAGAACAACGAGCCACGAGCCUCAACGCAACUUACGCACGCGCAGAAGCUGACUCAUACGGGGAAGGCGAGCGGCGAGGUGGUUUUCCAAGAUGGUUUUGGUGUUGAUAUUGGAGGUGAAGCUGGGGGUGAAGCUGGCAGUGAUCGCGGUAGUGGAUUGGCUGGUCCUCGGCAAAGAUCGAGGCUUGAAGGUGAUGUUGCGAGUGCGAAUGCAGCUUCGAGUUCCAGAUCGCGAUCCAAGGGUUGGAAGGCAGGUGAGAUGGAGGAGAGUAACAUUGAGCCUUCCCUAUCUCACGCUUCGAAGCGGAUCUCGAAUCUUGCGGCCAGCGAUACAGCUGCUUCGACCGAGGGAGCUAAAAAGAGCAAAUUCACCCCGAAGCCAACCAAUGAAGCCAAACUGCCUGCCCGAGCAUUGAAUCGGAACUCUGGCGCCAAAGCCUCUGCUCAAGAACCCCUCCUGCCAGGGCAGAGAGGCAUGGAUAGCAGUCCAGCUCAGGCCAAGCCAGAGACUGGGAAGGGUUCAAAGGCAGAAGCACAAUCAAAUCGAAAGUCGAACGUUGCAUCUAGCCCUCCCUCGACGAAUAAACAAACCUCGAGUGGCAAAGCAUCUACACCUAGCAUCGGGGAUGUGAUUUCUGCAUUGUUGGAGUCGCCUCAAUCAAGAGUUCCGGCGAAGCGCAAGUCUGAUUUUGCGUCCAGCAAAGUUCCUCGCGUUAAGAAGCAGGCGAUGAGAGCUACUGCGACCCCGGAUGUCGAGGUGGAGGACGGUGAAUCGACGCCCAGCACGCCCAUUUCGGGUGAGAUGGUCCCAGAUAUGGGUAUAUCAAGAUCAGCUUCGGAUGUCCAAGCCCAGGCCCAGGCUCAGGCGCCGCUUCAAUCGAGAUCUGCUUCCUCGACCGCAAGUGUAACAGCAACCGCACCGACAUCUACCAUCACAGCCAAUACGGCUCCUGAUGGUAGUCGGCCCUGCGAUGAAUGUCGUAAGAAGAAGACGGCCUGUAAUCGGCUACAACCGUGCUCGAGCUGCGUGAGGUCUAGCUUGGCCUGCACGUAUGUUAAUCCUCCUAUUCUGGGCAGAUCGAAACUUGGGAGUGGUAGUGGCACCGGCAGUGGUCGUGGUCGUGGUAGUGGACGUAAGAGUAACAGUGGUCGACGUCGUGGUAUUGUUGGUGGUGGUGAUGGUGGUAGUGGUGGUGAUAGUAGUGGUAGUGCGUCUUUAGCUCCUCCUGUCCCUCCGAGUCACGUUCGGCCUUCGGCUCUUCCCGCCCGUCCGAGUCACGUUUCGUCAUCAGCAGAAGCAGCAGGCGCGCGUAAUAUCUUGGACGCGACAUUUACACCUCCUGCCAGCAAUACCACCAAUUCCAACACCAUUCAACAACACCCAUCGACCUCGCCACUGAACAUUGACCCCAAGCUGAUCAAGAAGACCGUCCUCGACAUGGACUCGUUACUCCCUAGUCUACCUGAUCCCGCAGAGUCAUCCACGACCGCCGUCUCUCAUCAAGUCGCCCAAUCCACCUCGUCCGGUCAUCCUAAUGAACAAUCUGGUAGCAGAGCAGUUGAACCAACAUCAUCUGCUCCCGCACCAAGUACGUUUUCUCAGGCCGCCGGUCUCGAUACACGGAUCCCACCAACCUCUUCUUCUUCAUCAAGAACUGCCUCUAUUUCCAUGACUGAUUACACAAAUGUUGACUUCGGUGUCAUAGCCACGGGGCUGUUAGACGGUACGAUCAGCGUGCCAGAGGUGACUCGAUUUGCACCUGGUCUGUUUCAAGAAGGUCGCGUAGCCCAUGAUGAGAUUCAGAGAAUUCUACAGAGUAGACCAACGUCUGAGACCAAUCCCCAAUUUCAAAUUGGCCCGGCUCUCGGAACACCUCAACGAGGACAACAAGCUCCGCCACCGAUCAAGGCAACCGAGUCUGCUCAUACACCGCGUCUUGUCAAUCCAAGCCAUCCCGCUCAAAGAAUGAUCUCCAAUGUGAUUGCAAAUGGUCCGAAAUUUGGAACUUUUGGGCCUCCUGUGCUACCACGUCAUCCUGCGAGCUUCUACGCAGAUACUGCUCCAACCCCGGCACCGGUUCCAAGUCACCACGCACCUCCAGCAGCUCCCCGCUUGAUGCCACCAGCAGAGACGGAUAAAGCCCCCCGCAGACGACCAGCAGCUCGCCCCAAGGUAUCGAGUCAGGUGCAAAAAUUAAAGAAACCAACAAUCGACCCCAAGUUCACGCUCAAGAGGGCAACACCUAGUGGCUCGCCUCUGGGUCCCAUCUCUUGCCGUGACGUUGAUAAAUUCAUCCAUUACUUGAUUAUCAUGAAUGAAAUUCCGUUUCCAGAGACCUUCAACUGGGAUGAAUGCGAUGACGGUACCACGAAGAUCUUGCGCAAGUGGCAGGACGUGUAUAGCAGCAUCACCCGAUUCGACCGUUACUCGGCCUCGAACGGAGACGAUAUCGGACGCCUGAUCGCUGCUCGAGCCAUUGAUGAGAAGAAAGAGUUCAUUCUACCCGCUAUCAAAGUGUACAUGGAAUCCAUGGCAAAUUUAGCAUAUGAAGAGAUCAAGAAAGCCCCGGAAAAGGAUUUUCUGGGACACAAGUACGACUGGGACGAUUCUUCUGCGGACCCGGGCCCGGGCCUUAACUGGCGCCACGUUUGUCUUCUCGAGCAAGCUUUCUUUCUCAGCGCUAAAGAAGGCAUCGAAGCUAUUGUGCAAUUCAACAAGAAUAAUCCUGUUCCUCACGGCCAGGGCGCUGAACAGGUCACGGCCAUGAAGAAAUACCUCAAGUCGCUCAAGCCACCCGGUGAUACGGCUGCGGGACCUUCUGGCGGUUCGGGCAAUAUGUUUGAGGGAGCCAGUAAUGCAAUUGAAACUCCACCGAGUCCACCUCAUUUCUGCGGAUUUGGAUACUUUGUGGGAAAGAAGAAGACCGGCGAACGCGCUCGCGUACCGUCCAAGGAGGAGGUUGCUGUGUCACUGGGCUACGAGAUCGACUACGAUAUGUUUGGUGUUGGUAAUAAUCGCGCCGAAAAGAUAGUCGCAGAAUCUCCACCUCCUCGGCAGCGGUUCGACGGCGACUUCUUUGAAUUUCCUCCUAGUUUCGAGGAGGGCCUUUUGAAUCGCAACAAUCCCGACGGUCGUGAUAGUGUGGUGGAGCGCGACAGUCCAUUUGUUCCGGGUGGGGUUGAUGCUAUGCUUUUUGAUGCGGCGAGAGUUGAUGAGGACUUGGAUUUCUCGCAGUUUCUGCACAUGGAUCGAUUCGAUUGA